AUGACUCAUCCCAUACUUUUUUUAUACCUACCUACAGAUGCGCCAGACCAAACCGAAACCGAGCACCUGCGCGCCAACGCCAUCAUCGGGCUGAUGGGUGUGUACAAGAGUGUGUUGCGAAAGGGAGACCACGACGCAGCGAUCAUUGCGCAGAGGAACAAAUUUAGAAACGGCACAAGUGAUGGGGAGAACGCCCUCACAGCCACCGGUGGUACGAUCCAAGAGCCUAUGCUGACAGAAGGCGAAAGGAGAGCGGAAAUGGUCUUCAAGUUGUUUUCCUUGCCUUUCCGCGACAG